CGGUUUUGUAAAACGUAAAAACGUAAAGUAAAAUAAAUCCCGAUCUUUAUCUACUGAUUUCGUGAUGCCGAGCUGAAUAAUUUUCAUCUUCGUUCUUCAACUUUUCUCAAAACUCAAAAGUCACAGUGAAAGUCAACAAUCAGUGAUCCUAGGGUUCUUUGUUUGGUGGGAAGAUUCAUUUUUUCAAAAUCAUGGGAGAUCCAAUCGUGUCUUCUGUAGUUAAUCAAGUAAUGGAAAGAUCUACGUCUCUAGCAGCCCAAGAUUUCGCUGUUCUAUGGGGCCUCAAGUCCGAUCUCCGGUCUCUACGAACCAUUUUUACACAGAUCCAAGCGGUGCUCGCCGACGCUGAAGUCAAGCAGAGGAAGAACAGAGCUUUACAAGAUUGGCUAAGGAAGCUCAGAGCUGCAUCUUUCGAGGUCGAAAAUGUUCUGGAAGAGGUCUCUACCGAAGCUUUGCUGCGAAGGCUUCACGUUGAGAGGGGAAUCAAGAACCGAGUAAGUACAUUCUUCUCCGCUAGUAAUCCGCUCCAGUUUCGUAUUAUGAUGGUUCAGAAAGUGAAAGAUAUUAAAGAAUUGUUGAACGCAAUCGCAUCCGAGAGAAUCAUGUUUGAAUUGGAAGAAGGGAUUAAUAUUUCAGAAGUUGUUGCUGAUAUAGAAACCAGGAUAAUCAGCUCGAUAGAUUCUGAGAUUGUAGGAAGAGAUGAGGAGAAAGAAGUGAUUAUUGACAAGAUAUGCACCAAUUUGAACAGUCUAGAUCAUGAUCAUGUACAUGUCUAUGCCAUAUGGGGUGUGGGGGGUUUGGGUAAAACCACACUUGCUCAACUGAUUUUCAACGAUUCAAGGGUAAAUAAGUUGUUUGAUUUCAAAGUUUGGUUACGUGUAUCCAAUGACUUUAGCAUCCAAAGACUAGCUAGAGAAUUUUUGAAGUGUAUAGAAGGUGAUUCCUCCAAUCUCUCACUCAUGGAACUUGAACCAUUGCAACAACGACUCCAAGAGAAAUUACAGAGAAGAAGAUUCCUCUUGGUUUUGGAUGAUGUCAAAAAUGAGAACAAUGAGGAAUGGAAUGGAUUGAUGCAAGCAUUGAGGUGUGGAGGUAAAGGCAGUGCUAUUCUGGUAACAACUCAAAGCAUGAAACUUGCUGAUACAAUAGCUACCCUUCCCUCAUUAGUACAUCCACUCGGUUGCUUAUCAGAAAGUGAUUCAUGGUUGUUAUUCAAACAUUAUGCAUUUGGUGUUGAAAGAGAACUAGAAAGUACAGAGUUUGAGACAAUUGGCAAAGCAAUUGUGAAGAAAUGUGAGGGUUUGCCUUUAGCAUUAAAGGUCAUAGGAAGUUUAAUGUGCCUCAAAACUAGCAUAAGCGAUUGGUCGUGUAUACUACAAAGUGAAGUUUGGGAGUUGACAUAUGAAGGAACUCAUACUCAAAUCUUACCAUCUUUGAAGCUAAGCUAUGACAAUUUGCCUCCACAUAUGAGACAAUGUUUUGCUUUAUGUUCUAUAUUCCCAAAACACCAUGAAAUGGACAAACAAUUGUUGGUAGAGCUUUGGGUGGCUUAUGGUUUUGUCCCAUCAAGAGGAGAUUCUGACUUAUAUGAUUUAGGUGAAGAGAUAUUCAAUGCUUUAGUUUGGAGGUCCUUCUUGCAAGAUGUCAAAGAAUGCAUCUUUGAAGGUGUUACAACGUGUAAAAUGCAUGAUGAGAUGCAUAAUCUUGCACAAUCUGUUAUGAAAUACGAAUGUUCAAGCAUAAUGUCUGGUGAAAUACUAAAAUUCCCUGAAGAAGUUCUUCAUUUAUCUUCUAAUGACAUCAUAUAUCUAUCAAAUGAAGUCAUGGCAAAAGCAAAAUCCUUACGUUCACUCAUCACUUUUGAAGGUUUUUCAAGAAUUCCUACCCCUGAUUACAUAUUCGAACAGAGGUAUCUCAGAGUGUUACAUUUAGGGUCAAGUUCAGAUAUGCUAACAGAUUUACCAGAGUCAGUUGGAAACCUAAAGUUUCUUAGGUAUCUUAAUGUCUCACGCUCAAAGAUUGCUGCUUUACCUAACUCCAUUGUUCAACUCCAAAACCUACAAACCCUAAAACUGACCUUUUGUGAAAAUCUCUCUGAGUUACCUGAAGGAAUCAGGUACAUGAGAAAUCUUAGACAUUUGAAUAUCCACGGGUGUUGUUCUCUUGAUCAUAUGCCACUUGGCAUGGGACAGUUACGCCACCUAAGAAGACUCAGCACAUUUCUCGUGGGCCAGGGAGUCCAAGUAAGCGAAUUACAAGAGUUAAAUCUUUUAGGAGGAGAGUUUAGCAUAAAGGGUCUUACAAAUGUGAAAGAUUCAUUUCAAGCUCAGAGUGCAAAUUUGAAAAAGAAACAGAAUAUAAACUGUUUAAAUCUAUCUUGGAAUUGGAAGAACAGUAAAGAAGAUAACUUUCCUGUUAACAAUUCAGAAGGGAUUUUGGAAGCACUUCAACCCCAUUUGAAUUUAAAGAUGUUAACAAUAUCUGACUACCCAGGGUCACGUGUUCCAUAUUGGAUGGGUAGUUUGGUAAAUCUUGUUAGUAUUUCAUUUGAAGGUUGUAGAAGAUGUGAAAGUCUGUCUUCUAUUGGGAAACUUCCCUCUCUCAAGGCUCUUGAACUGAAAGAGAUGGAUGUUCUUAAAUAUCUUGAUGAUGAAGAAAGAAAUAAUCGAAACCUAUUUCCUUGUUUGGAUAAACUAAUCAUAAACGAAUGCCCCUGUUUGAUUGAACUGCCUUAUAUUCCAAAACUGGAAUUGUUACAAAUAAUCAAAAGUAAUGAGGAGAUUUUUAGGUCUGUGAAAGAGCUCAAUUGUUUGAAGAAAUUUACAGUUGAGGGUUGUCAUGGUAUUGUUUCGUUUCCUUCAGAUUGGUUUCAGGGAACACCGGAUCUCAGAUCACUGAGUAUUUUGGAUUGUUUAAGGUUAGAGAGUUUGGAAGACGGAUUGCAGUGUUUAAAAGCUUUGGAGGAAUUACAAAUCAUGGGUUGUCCAAAUUUGAGGUGUUUACCAGAUGGGUUGCAGAAUCUUGAAAAACUCAAGUCUGUGGUUAUUCGGGAUUGUGAAAUGGUGAAGGUAAGGUGUGAGAAAGACGUAGGUGAGGAUUGGUCAAAAAUUGUUCAUCUUCCGUAUGUUAAGAUUGAUGAUCAAGUGAUGCAGUGAAUGUGAUGGAUGUGAAUAGUAAUGUAAUCUUCUGGUGCUUUGAAUUCAGCUUUGCUUGGUGUCAUGGCUGGAUCCAUGAAGUUGAAGGUGUCAUACAAGAAGGUUUUGGAAAAUUUGACAAGGAUCAUUAGCUUUCAAGAAAUAGUAUUAAGACAAUGGAAGGAUCUAGUGGUAAUAGUGUGGAUUCAUGUAUAAUUAGGUAGUUUCUUGGUAUUUGUAUUCAACCCUUAACUUGUAUGGUUCUUUUGCAAGCAUUUUAAGAGCAAUAUAAAUCCUUGUCUCAUUUAGCUUGAUGCUAA